AUGUGGGAGAAAACAUUUCUGCUGCUGCUGCACAGUGUGGAAGCUGUAGUGGCGUCUCAGUGCUGGCAGGGGGCGACCUUCUCUCAGGCGGUGGUGUCUCCGGCGGUGGAGAGCAGCCGUAUCAUGCGGAUACCCGGUGUGUCGUCGUUGCCGCAGUGCAUGGCGGCGUGCUGCGACCUGCCAGGCUACGACCUGGCCUGGCUCUUUGAGGGCCGUUGCUACAUCCUGAGCUGCCAGCAGAGGGAGAACUGCCAGCCCAGAGAAAGACCCGGGGCUGACUCGUUCUUGGCCUUCCUGCGGAAGGCGUCCCCGCAGACACUGGUGCUUCAGUCACUGGUGAGAGGAGAGCCAUACGGAGGCCGCUGGAGGCCCUUGUCACGGUCCUCUGAGGCCCCCGGGGACCUAAAAGCGCUGAAGGAUCUUGCCCUCUUUGACGGGCCCCAGCAGGACUUCCCAGACCCUCGGAUGCUGGAUGUGGAGUAUUCAGAGGGGAGCCAGGAGGAGAGGAGAGCUGGUGGUUCAGAGGCAGAAAUGAUGACCGAUCAGCUGUCUUUGAAGGGAAGAGACGGUUUCAACCAAUCAGAGGCAGAGGAAGGUCCAGAAAGGGGGGUGACAGAGAGCAGUACGGCCCACAUUAGAGUCUCUUCUGGGGGGAACAUCAGCCAGGGAGACGAGGACAGAACCAGGACGACUGAUCCUGCUGCUGCAGAGAAAAUAACCAAAACACAGGGCAGCACUGUUUCUACAUCACUGACACCAUCAACCACUGACUCCACUCAACAAGAUCAUAUAAGGACUUCAGCUCCCAGUCCAACCACACCCCAUUGGCCCAGCAGCACGACCACACAACCAGAUCGAUCUCUGAUGAUGUCCCCUGGAAACCCUGUAGAACAGAUGGUGCCAACAGUUAAACCUGACGCUUCAGUUUCUCCUGAACCAACAACUGUUAUGGUAAAGCUGCUCCACACAGCAGCCAGAGCUCCACCAACCACCACCCACCCCCCAGCCAGAGCCGUGACCUCUGACCCGACCACCACCACCACCACCUCGACUCUCAGCACCAACCCUCCAACCAGGACCACAGCCUCUGCCACAGCUGCUGCUGCGUCUGUAACAGAGGUCAGGGGGUCAAACCGUGGCCCAGUGGCUGUCGUGGGUCCCGACAGGAAGUUGUCUCUGCCGGUCAGCAGCUUGUUGCUCAAUGGCAGUGGAAGCACCGACGACCGCGGCAUCAUAAGCUUCCACUGGGACGCCAUCAGUGGUCCUCCUGGGUUAAAGCUGGAGGACGGGGACCAGGCUGUAGCUACAGCAUCAGGUCUGCGGGUGGGGCGCUACACCUUCAGACUGACGGUCUCUGACCAGGAGGGGGCAACAGACAGCGCCUCACUGACUGUCAGGGUCCAGGGAGCCAGAAGUCUUCCUCCGGUCGCUCAUGCCAGCGGCAGUCACACUCUGACGCUGCCCAACAACUCCCUGGUCCUCCGAGGCUCCGUCACCGACGGAGACCAGACUGAAGUCCACUACCUGUGGGUCAGAGACAGCCAGAGUCCUGCUGCUGGGGAUGUGCUGUAUGGCUCAGAGACCCAGGCGUCUCUGUACCUUGCCAACCUUGUUGAGGGCACCUACCUGUUCCAGCUGAGGGUGACUGACGCCCAGGGGCGCUCCAACAGUGCCACGGCCACCGUGGAGGUCCGACCAGAGCCUGGGGGUGGGGAGGAGGUGGAGCUGGAGAUGCUGGUGUCGGUGUCUCAGGUCAGUUUGGCUCAGAGGGACACGGUGGUCCGACAACUCGCCGCUCUGCUGCACGUCCUCGACAGCGACAUCCAGGUCCGAGCCCUGCAGGGACACUCACACCUCAGCACCGUGUUGCGGUUCUCGGUGUGGGGCCCCUCUGGGCCGCUCUCAGGCUCCAGGUUGGUCGGUCUGCUGAGGAACCAGCUGCUCAGAGAGAAGAGCGACUAUCUGCUGUUCAGAGUCCUGAGAGUCGACACCGUCUUGUGUUUGCUGCGCUGUUCGGGCCGUGGUCAGUGUGAUCCACUCAACAAGGAGUGCACCUGUGACCCCUUCUGGACAGAGAAUCUGAUCCGUCGUUAUCUUGGUGAUGGAGAGAGCAACUGUGAGUGGAGGGUGCUUUACGUCAUCCUGACCAGCUUCAUGCUCAUGGUCUUCAUCCUGUCUGUGAGCUGGACCUUCAUCUGCUGCUGCAAGAGGUCUGUGUUUAGGAGGAGACAGACCAAAGUGAGGAAGAAAACCAAAUAUACCAUCCUGGACAACAUGGAUGAACAGGAGAGGGUGGAGCUCAGACCCAAAUUCAGCAUCAAACACCGCAGCACAGAGCAUAACUCCAGCCUGAUGAUGUCGGAGUCGGAGCUGGACAGCGAUCAGGACACCAUUUUCAGUCGGGACCGACCCAUACGCAGCAGGAACCGGCUCAACGCCCAGGCCGCCCGCAAUGGAAAUGCCUUUGGAUGA